UCUUCACCAUUGUCUUCUAGCCCACCGUCCGCGUCUCCGCAAAGACCCCUCUAGCACUGGGCUCCCCAAACUCGGAACCAACUCAUUUGGUGCCUGGGUUCCACCUCCGAGACAACUUACCAGACGCGCCUAGUUUCCUUUCGCCCACACUCAAGUACCGCGCAGUUACCCCACCCUCCGUUGGUCGUUCCUUAAAAGAUUUGGCAAUCCCUUGAUCAAUCACCCCGGGGUAAUUGUUGGUGGCGACUACCUUCACGGCCGCUGGUCAAGUUGUACUUAGCCCCGACUGCGUUCCCAUCACGCGACACCUGCGCACCAAGUCUGAACACAUCCGACUGCUUCAUCACGACCACCGAGCACAACAGAACACCUCCAUCCCUCUAACAAUAAAUACACCCAAACUUCGUCCCCGCCUACCAUCACAAUGCUUCCGACUCUGCCUCAGUUGGCCGAUUACGACAUCUCGCCUCGGAACGGCUUCUUGCCCGAUGAAAUUCCGCUCGAUGUCCUACCGGAUCGCUACUACCAACCAUGGGAGACAAUCGUACGCAACUUCCAAAGCUUGAUUCUCGCCAAGCGGCUACGUGGAAUAGUCGACACACUACCAGUACUGGGGACCCAGUUCCUUCUCACAGAAGCUGAGUGGAGGAGAGCCUACUCCAUUUUGGGGUUCAUUGCCCAUGCAUACAUCUGGGGCGGUGACGGACCAUCUGAUAUUGUACCACCAUCCAUCUCGAUACCGUUCAUGGAGACAUGUAGACACUUGGAGCUCCCACCAGUCGCAACCUUUGCAGCCGUCUGCCUGUGGAACUGGCGACCUCUGUUCGACUGGGAACCUGCAGACACCUUGGACAACCUCGCAACGCAAAUGACCUUCACUGGCUCAACGGACGAAUCUUGGUUCUACCUAGUGUCCGUAGCGAUUGAAGCAAGAGCUGGACCGGUCAUUCCAAUGAUGAUCCGUGCUAUUGAGGCCGCUAGGAACAACGAUAGCAAGACAGUCGUGGAGUGUCUUCAAAAGUUCGCAGGGAGACUCGAUGAGCUGGGCGCCCUAUUGGAGCGCAUGUACGAGAGCUGCGAUCCACACGUCUUCUACCACCGCAUCCGACCCUACCUGGCUGGAAGUAAGAACAUGGUGGACGCUGGUCUUCCAAAUGGUGUCAUGUUUGACGACGGUACCGGCCAGCAACCAUAUGUACAGUUCAGCGGCGGCAGUAACGCGCAGAGCUCCACUAUCCAGUUCUUUGACAUUGUCCUUGGAGUGGAACACAGACCUACCGGUGAGAAGAGGGAUGACACAGGAAAGCCUACUCCAUCCGGACCCUCGCAUGGCUUCAUCCAGGACAUGCGCAACUACAUGCCAGGGCCUCAUCGCAGGUUCCUAGAACAUAUGGAGAGCGUCGCAAACAUUCGAGAGUACGUCACAUCGAAUCGCAGAGAUCGGGCUCUGACGACAUCUUACGACGCAUGCCUAGCCAUGCUGCGGAGUCUGCGCGAUAAGCAUAUCCAGCUUGUAUCACGGUACAUUAUCAUCAAAUCGCGCGAGACGCAGUCGACCUCGCGAUCGCUGUCACCUAAGCCAGCACACACCCAACGUGUCAACUUGGCCAACACCAUGGCUCGCACGGGAAGUAAGAAACUUCGUGGCACAGGAGGCACAGCUUUGAUUCCUUUCCUGAAACAAGCACGCGACGAGACUGGCGAGCCUGCAAUCGAUGCAUGGGCAAAGCGAUUGCUCAACAACGGGCCUGCAGAGAUUGGAGCGUCCUUUGGCGUUGAUGAUGGCGUUGCCCGGCUAGGCAAGAUAUCAGAAGCCUUCAAUGGGCAGGUUGAGAUUGUCGGUCUUGCAGGAACCUGGAGUGUCGAUGAUAGCGAGGGAGGUAUCUGUCAUUGGUGAUGGAUGAGAACACGAUUACCCGAAAAGCAUAUUCUCAGGCGUUUGGAAUUGAAAC